UACAUAUGGGCAUACGUAUAUAUUAGUUAAUUAAUUUUUUCUCAAUUUACAACUGCUUGAUAAUUAUUUAUUUAAUUAAUUAAUAUACUGGUGGAUAUUAUUCAACAUUAUUGUUUUUUCCUUCACCCUUUCUCACAGUAUAUUUCUCUCAUUGUAUACCUACAUUCUCUUUAUUCUCAACAUGUCUGAGGAAAAUAAAACUGUAUCUGAUCCUUCACAGGAUCGUAUUCAAACAAUGGUGGACGCAUCUGUGUCCAAAUCGGUUCAAGCAGCGAUUGUCACCUUACAAGACACAAUCACAAAAUCCAUGAACCUGGUUUUGGCACGUGCCACCCUUCAAAACCCCUCAGAUUUACCACCCCGAACUCCAUCUGACCAAUACUGGUCGCCCAAAGAAUCAGUCUCUGAACUGGCUAAGGGCUUUAAAGGACCUGGAAAGUCCAAAUCAAAGAGACGACAUUUGUCUGUUGAUCCUUAUUCCAAACCUACUAGAUACACUUUAGAAUCUCAUACCCCCUCCAAAUCACAGGCAAAUGACUCCGUCCCUAUAAGGGGAAUUAACCAGUCAGAUAAUACUUCUUCCACCCUAGAAGAGGCUCACUCCUCUAAACGGAAAAAAGUGGACUUUAGAUCCAAACCAGACUCCUUUAGAGAGUCCUCAUCUGAAGAUUCUGAUCACUCAGACAUUGAGGAUGUGGACGAUAUUUUAUAUAUCUCUGAGGAAGGUGGCUCAGACCAUGACGACCCUGCUCUGCAGGACGACACCAAAACAGGUGAUUCUAAUGACCCCUUUUUCGAUCCCUCAUUGAUUUAUCACCCUCGGUCAGGGGAAUGGUUACCUGAACCUAAGGUAGCUGAAUAUCUGGCUAUGUGGGUAUUUAAAUCUCUGGACAAGGCUUCUAGGAGCAAAUUAAAGUCAGAGUGCCCCCGCCCAUCUCUCCCGCAUAAUUCUUCGGCCACCCCCGAGUUGGACCCUUUACUCAAUAAAUUUUUAUUUAAGACGGGAAAGAAUCCAAAGAAAGGGAUCGACCGCAGCUUCAAGGCUUGCCAGGACAAACUUAUGGACCUGCUAGGUCCAUUAACCAAAAUUCUCAAUUUGGCAGAACUGGCUUCUAACUCAAAUACUUCGGUGGAUACCGAAACUCUGAAGGGAUGGGCUCAAAGAGCCAUAUGCUUAUUCGGCAAUGCCAAUGCCGCUCUCUCUACAGAGAGAAAGAGGUCUAUUCUAAUGAAAAUAGACCCGCAGUUGACCAAUUUGGCCUCUACGGAGCCACCUAAUCCUACUAAAGGAUUACUCUUUGGAGACGAGUUCAUAAAAGAAAUGAACAAAUACGUGGGCCUGUUUUCGUCUUUAAGUAAGGCACAGGUCUCUAUGAAGAAGGUCUUCUCUCAGAAGAUUUUUGGAAAGGCUGGAAGAGGCAGGGGCCGCUCUUCCAGCCGCUCAACUCAGUAUAGACCCCAAUAUAGAACCACAUAUAACCCACCACAACCCUCCUUCACUACACCCACCCCGACACCAUUCUUCCCAUACAGGGGCAGACCUUGGCGCGCACGAGGACAACGGGGUUACCCACGAUCCAGACCAUCUUCAGUGCAACAAUAACCCAUCAGUAUUCUUCAUCUGCAACCUCUUCGUAUGGUGGAUUUGAGGAGACUACGUCUUCAACGCCUCCGAACUUCGUUCCCUCGUUGUUUUCAGAAGUUUUCAUGUUCAUCGUCUUCAGUUCUAUCUUUCGUGUCUAAGGUAGUUCUUCUACAGAUUAUCCAGUUCACAGCAAAGAAGAGGAAGAUACCUGUGUGUGGAUUACCUUUAUUACCUGGGCUGUGGACUGAUUGGAUGAUCCAUAUAGCAUACUAGGUUACGUCCUAGGUUUCAUGGUUAUAUGCAUUACAUAUGUAAAACGUUUUUUCUUUUAUUAUAUACAAUAUAUGGUUGCUGCUGUGUCAGUAAAGAAGUCAUAUAAGCAUAAUACUCGCGUUUUGUCUUUAUUAAAAUCCAAAUUUUCCGUCACAAUGGAUAGGAAAAUUCCCAAUUAUCCCCUAUGUAUUCCUGUAUGUAAUCCCGUAUAAAUCCUUCAAACAAUUUACCCACAAUGCACGUUAGACUUACCGGUCUAUAGUUUCCUGGAGAAGACCUAGUGCCCAUCAUGUAAAGCAGAAAAUAUACGUGGACACACCCACUUUUACAAAACUGACGUGAACGGUGUAAACCGCGGCACAAAGCUCUUUGAAAUGUGUUCAAUAUUUUUUGCGCCAAAAUUUUGGCGCAAAAUUGAUUUUUUUGUGCCGCAAAAUUCUUUGAGAAUCUACCCUCUGUGUACUUUAUAAAUAUUUAU